AUGGCGAGACGCUCACAUGACGCAACGCAGACCUCGACAUCGGACGUGGAUGACUUCCUCAAGGAGCAGCAAAGCCAACAACGCCAAACAACACUCUCGCCAUGGAUAACGCCAAAACACUCGUCAGGCAAGCCACGGAAGCUCAACGAAGAUGAGUUAUACGUCUAUGUCGUCUACCACCGAGCCGUUUACGUCACUCAAUACACUAUCCACGAACUAAGACGCCGAAUUCUCGGUACAAACAAGCGGGAAUCCUCAUCAGAGAUCGUGAGAUACUACACUUGUCCCAAAUGCCUCAGCAGUUGGCCGUUGAUCGAUGUCAUCGACAACGCAGACCGUGAUGGUGGCUUCUUGUGCAAGCGAUGCGUGACACCGAGUCUUUUGCGCGAAGAGCCCCUCACAACCGACCUGCUACCACGCUUCAACCAACAGUUCGCGCCUUUCAUACAGAUACUAGAGCGUCUUGACA